AUGCCGCAUGUUCAGGUGUCUGAAAAGCAACAAAUAUCACUGUGGAAUAUCUUAAAAAAUGAUAUCACUUUGACUCUACCUUUUCGUCACUGGGAUUUGGUUGAAAGCAUUGCGCCAGAAAUUAACUCAUGGACAUGGCAAAUUAAAUUUAAUACAGCUCUUGAAACAGCAAGGUAUGUAAUAUUGGCUUUUCAGUCAAACAGAAAUUUGAUUACUGCUGACUCUAGUGUAUUCGACAAAAUAAACAUAUCAAACUUGAAGGUGUAUUUAAAUUCUUCUAAAUUCCCAGAGGAGAAUUUUGCUGUUGAUUUUGACAUGAAGAAUACUGCACAGGCGUUUGAAAUGUAUGCCAAUUUUCAAUCGCUGUAUUAUGGAGAUAGCAGUGUAAGAAGAGGUAACCCGCUCAUGAACCGUACUGAAUUUCAGAACUGUCCUAUAUUUUUCAUUGAUUGUUCUCAUCAAGACGAAACACUGAAAUCUUCGGUCGUUGACAUGAAGAUUGAAAUAGAAACAAAAGAAGCAUUUGCGUAA